AUGGCCGCCAAGCCGACCCUACAUAUCGCGAUGCCGCCCCGGCGUCUCUCCCACUACUCCGGUCCCCGCAGCCCGCGCUUCCAUGAGGACUUUGACGCUCCCUUUUCUGAGGCCAUCAUGAAUGCCUCGCUCAACACCGUUGCCUCCGGCGCAUUUUCACCCUCACAGGAGCGCCCCAGCCUCGACGACUCGCUCCGACGCUCCUCGCCUGGCAGCUCCAUGCGCACACCCUCCUUUCCCAUCCAGUCGCCCACGGAGGCGUGGCGCGAGUUCCCCUGGACCCAAAAGACACAGCGCAAAUCGAGCGUCAACGACCGGGUACGGGGCUGGGCUAGGAGGUCACUCAUUUUCAAAAGCCGCCCUACUUCGCCAGACGAAGUGACCGAGAGGUCAUUUUCAAAGGUGGACCACAUCACCGAGGCGUCCACCACCACAGGUGUGCCCAAAUAA